AUGACCUCAGGCGGAGAGGCUUUGGACAAAUCAAGAACCAUUAAGAUCUUCCUGAUGGCUAUGUACGACAUUUUGGAAGCGCUUCGGUAUGGUAUCAAGAAACAUGUAAUGCAUCGAGAUAUCAGCCCUCGUAAUAUCCUCGUGAACCUGUUUGGCGUUCCUACCGAAGCGCUAGUGGAACCUACAUUCACCAAGACCAUUUUGGACAACUCCGGCCAGCGACACCCACCAACGGCACUAUUAUGCGAUCUAGACAACAGUGGCAUAUUUGAGGGAGAGACGGAUUACCGAUCCAUAGAGCUGCUCAAGAGUCCGACGAUGAAGGGAACACCUAUGUUUAUUGCACGUGCAGUGGAAGCUGGGAGGCUUCUUGGUGGGGGGCAUCUCUUUUCACCCAUGCCCGAGCUCAGCAAUAAGGCUAUUGCAGAGAGAUAUGUUGGAUGUUAUCAGGGGGAAGCUAUGCGCACCUUCCGAGAUGAAGAGGGAAAAUGCCACGGAGGUCGCCCGAACGAAUCAAGACAACGUGAAGCUUAUUUCAGCGAUGAAACAACGAAAGCCUUGUUCUACCAUCAGCCACGGCAUGAUGUUGAGUCGGUGGGUUGGUGCAUUAUUGCGUUUUGCCUCCGUUCACAACCAGAGGAUAGACAAGGCGUUGAAGACUCAACUGAGGAGCUGAAGAGGGUGUGGCUGUUAUUAUCGGGGCCAGAACGGGAGAUAGUGUUAAGGAUGACACGCCAAGAUUGGGAACGGGCACUCCAUCCCAGUUUGAAGUUCCUGAGCGUGUUCCUUGUUAAACUUUGCAUGCAGAUGGGACCCGAAUAUGGGCUUCUUGAACCCCCUCCUGCAGAGGACCAUUUACACGAGGCCUUUCAGAGGCUACUUCUCAACCAAAUUUCCGAGAUGGAGAAAGACGUUGAUCUGGAUACGAUGACUUUCCGUGAAGUAAUCCCGGAGUUACAACGCGCAGAGCAUCGGAAGAUGGACGUACCGUUUGGACCUUCUACUGGCCAAUCCUCUGAUUCUCCGUCGGAGAGCGAGAGACGGCCUACAAAGAGAUCAGCAUCAAUUCAGGAUGAGCCAACUACCAGCUAG